AUGGACGAUGAAAUGUUAUUGAUAAUACAAACAGCUUUACCAAAUACGAUUCCAGUAUCCUUGCAAUUAAUGCUUUUUGUGAUUCUUUCGAAUUAUUCAACUGACAUAACAAAAUCAAAGCCAAUGGAGGGUUAUUUAUCAGUGAUAUCAGUGAUAUUAUCAUUGCUUGCUACUUUUGGAUUAUUGUUUCAUUUUGGAUUAUAUCUUAAUCCUGUUGCCUGCACUAUGCCAUUCUUAGUUCUUGCAAUUGGUGUUGAUGAUGCUUUUUUGAUGUUGGGUGCAUGGCGUGCUACUGACCCUUGGCUAUCAGUAGAAAAACGCAUGGCGCUAACUAUGAGUGAUGCUGGCGUAUCAAUCACCGUGACCUCAAUGACUGAUUUUGGUUGUUUUGCUCUUGGCUAUUUUCUUUGUUCCACGCCAGCUGUCCGAGAUUUUUGUAUAAUGACAGCCUGUGGUAUACUUAUGGAUUAUAUAUAUCAAAUUACUUUUUAUGCGUCAAUUAUGGUUUAUGGAGGUCGUAGAGAAAGUAAAGGUGGACUUUUAUCAUGUUGUUAUGGAUCAAAAUCGAAAAAAAAAGAAACGCCGAAAAAUCGUGUCACUGAACCUUUCAAAUUUGUAAUUAAAAAAUCAAAUACUUUUUUCACACCUUUUAUGCACAAAUGGUUUAGAGAUAAGUACGCACCGUUUAUUUUACGGAGAGACGUACGUGUUGUUUCUUGGAUUAUAUUUUUUAUCUAUGCUAUAUUAGCCAUUUAUGGUGUUACGACACUCACUGUUGAUAUUAGUCCUAGAAAAUAUAUCCGUGAUGAUUCCCCAAUUCAAUCUUUUAUUUAUCUCGCUGAUAAAUAUAUCUGGGCGGAUAACGUGAUGCCUGUGUUUUAUAUCAUGAAACCACCUGAUUUACGUGAGAAUAAAGCACGUUCACGCCUAAAUAAGUUAAUCUACCGGCUGGAGCACACAGAAUACAGCAUUGGACGUGUUUCAACAAAUUUUUGGCUCUGGGAAUAUCAGCAAUUUCUUAAUGAUUUUCCACAUAUCAAUUAUACAAGCAGCUUUUAUGAUCGAAAAUAUUUAGCAAGCUUUUUUGAUCAACUCGAUUAUAAGCAAUAUAAAGAUCAAAUAAAACUGAAAAUUGGUGUACCUAACGGGGAGCCAUGCAUUGCAGCUUUUGUGUUCCAAACGAGCUAUUACGGACUGGAUUCUUGGGAUAAAAGACAGAAAGAAUUAUAUAAAUGGCGCUCAAUCCUUGCGGAUUAUCCAGAAUUUGAAGUUUUCUUAGCAGGCUUAUUUUCACCCUUUCUAAUUGAUCAACGUACAAGUAUUGCACCAUCAUCUAUGCAGUCGAUUGGAUCAGCCAUUUCUGUGAUGGCAAUCAUUUCAGUUUUCUUCCUUCCUGAUAAGCAAUCGAUAUUUUUCAUGACUUGGAGCUUAUUAUCAAUUUCAAUGGGAGUUUGUGGUGGAUUAUCUCUUUGGGGUAGUGAUUUGGAUUCUGUUUCUAUGGGAUGCAUAGUGAUGGCAAUUGGUUUAGCAGUCGAUUUUUCCAUACAUAUUUGUUAUCGUUAUCAUCGAUCACAGAAACAGACUGCUGAAGAAAAAGUACGUGACGCACUUUCAGUAGUCGGUUGGCCAGUGACACAAGCUGGUAGUUCCACGUUAUUUGCUAUGGUGACGUUACCACUAAUAAAUGCAUAUUUAGUGCGUGUAUUCUUCCAAACUGUUGUACUCGUUAAUGUUAUUGGUUUAACUCACGCUUUACUAUGGUUACCACAAUUAAUAUCAUCGCUUGAUCCAUGUGAACGAAUACCUCUGAGAUUCCGUCAUCCAAUCAAAGAAUCUCCACCAAUUUAUAUUACUAAAUAA